UGCCAGAGAUCAUUCGAAAUUUUUAAAUCCAGCUCAGAGGUGAUACGAGCAGGCAUUCGUAAAUUAUGUUUCCUCGAUUAAUUUGUCGUUUUCGUCAGUCAAGCUGUAGUGUAGGCAGGAAUGUACUAUCCAGCACGAAAACGGUCGCCCUCGCAGACACCGCCAAGGUGCCUGCAACAAAUAUCGGAAGGUGUUUUGGAACAACUGAUUUUUACCAACGCGUAAAUGAAAGCUUUAAUGAUUUUCGAGCCCGAGAGGAGAAGAAAGAGCAGGAGUUCGCAAAACAAAGCGCUGGUGCUACUGGUACUGGAUCAAGUUCUCAUACAAACACAUUUUCGUCUACAUCGAAUGACCAAGAAUCGUCCGAUCCUGAAGUGAAGCGUACAAAGGAAAUGAUUCUGGAUGCGGCCUUGGCAUUUGUACAGUCGCACGGAUGGUCGAAGCAGGCUAUUGCAAGCGGUGCCGAAGCGGUGAACUACCCCAGCGUUAGUCACGGAUUAUUCCCGAAUGGUGGAAUAGAAUUAGUUCAUCACUUUUACAAACAGAGCAAUCUUAAAUUAAUUGACUACCUCAAACAGCAAACCGUAGACGUCGAAAAGGUUCCAAACCCGUCAGAUUUCGCUCGCAGAGCGAUCGAGUUUCGUCUGCGCUUGCUAGAACCAUACUUAAAGUACUGGCCACAAGCACUUGGCCUUAUGGCACUACCACCGAACGCACCGCAUUCUUUGGCCAAUUUGCUAACAUUAGUAGAUGACAUUUGCUACUACGCCGGAGACCGUUCAGUAGAUUUUAAUUGGUACACCCGUCGUAUAGGGCUAGCAUGUAUCUACAAAACAACGGAGCUGUAUAUGCUGCAGGACAGCUCGGUGGGAUUCGAAAAAACGUGGCAAUUCCUCGAACGCCGAAUGGAAGAAGCGAAUCUGGUGCAUGGAUUUCUGGUUAAAUCAGAAGAUGCUACACAUCAUCUGCAAAACGCUGUUGGGUCGGCAUUCACAACGGCUCGUAAUAUUCUUGGUUUUAAUUUUGAUCGACGAUGAUAUAACUGAAGUACAAGUGACCAAUACCUCAAAGCCAUAAAGAAGAUAUUCCUCGCGUUAUAAGGAUAGUAGUAUUCUAG